GCCUCUACAUAGCUUCGAUACUCAAGACUCGAGUGAAAGUAGGAUUUUGCUUUCUACCUAUUGGACUUAGUGACAAAUAUGUUGAACGAUUGGACCGAGUAAGAUGCAUUCUCGGACUCGUUUCUAUUUUCAUAAAUCUUUAUAAUUAAUUUCUAACUAAUAUCUCUAAGUCAAUUGUGAAAAUUAAGAAGAAACAUUGCAGAAAAGGUGAAUGUGGUUGAGUUAUAAAAGCAUAUCAAGUAACAAUAAAUGUGGAAAAAUGCAAGAGUGAAAGGUAAAUUUGAGUGUCAAGUCAAAGUGACGAUUUGACACGUUUGGGUGGAGUCUUUAGGGCUCAGGGUGAUCCAGGCUGUGAAGAAUGAAGCGUCUCAAGAUGCAUUCUGACGUUGUGUUGCGAAAUAUUUCGCUUGGGAUUCUUUGUUUUAUGAUUGUCGCAACAAAUCAAGAAGAAAUCAAACCUGCAUGGAAUAAUCGAUUAUAUCCAACUAAUUUCGUUUAUGAGGCACCCCAAAGCUCAUUGCAGUCUUCAUUCAGUGAUAAUGUUGUCUUCUCGAGGACUAACGAAGCUUCCAGAGAUAUUGGAAGAGUUCCUAGACCGCAAGAAGAUGAAGAAGAGUAUGAAGACUAUGAAGAAGAGGCUUAUGAUAGCCAAAAUGAACCAAAAGUCGCAGCAGAAUCUAAAGAAACUCGUUACGAAACUAAAGACGACGUAGUUGACGAUUAUGAUGCUGAAUAUUAUGAUGAUUAUGAUAAUGGGACAAAUUCUCAGCUGUCAGAUUCCACCGUGGAUUAUGCUCCAGUUGAGUCAAUUGAUCCUGAGAAAGUGAAAAAUUCUAGUGAAUCAGAAGCAAUUAAGGAAAAUCCUCAAAUUGAAGGUCCUUCUAAAGCAAAAGAACAAAACUCUCAUGAAUCAGCUGUAGUUAAUAAAGAUGCUGUAAUUGAAGAAGCUGAAGUUCAAUACUCAAGUGAGUCAUCUUCCGUGCAAGGAGAUCCAAUGAUUACAGAACAAAAUGUAAGUGAAUCAACGCCGACAAGAGAAGACGUUGAAAUUCAAAACCCGGAAGUUAAAAAUUUAAAUUCUGAGGCUAAAGCUGAAGAUCAAAAUCAGACUAAAAAUGUACAGAAGAAAGAACGAGACGAAGAAGAAGACGAGGAACGUAUUUUAAUUGGAGAGGCUGUAGUAUCAGUAGUAACAACUAAAAGUGUCGUUAAUGGUACAUUCUCAGUGCCUACACCAAUGCCAAUGACGACAGAACAAAUGGUAGCACCUCCAGUUAAUUUAAAUACUUCAACUGAGACUCCUGAGGUGUUAUCUAGUUCUUUAGCACCCAACACUCCAACUACUGAAGACUCAAUGAUCGUUGCAUCAGUUCAAACAAGCCGAAGUAUUUCUGGAGCACGAUUCCUGCCAUUUAAUUUAAAUAAUGACGAUAAUAGUACUGGGAAAAAUACUUCUGAUAAUAAUAAUAAAACUCAAACAUUCGAGUCAACAGAGAGUAUCAUUGAUAAAUUAGAUCGAGUUCAAUCAGAAUUAUCAAGUGGAUUCCUCAGUGGAGGUUUUAGAACGGCUGGGAAUGCACUUCAAUUAGAUGUCUUGAGUGAACAAAGGCCAUCAACAACACGGAAAUCAUUCACAACAACUGGAAGGACUCCUGUCAUCAAUAAAUUUGUUCCGAGACGCUAUAAUGAUCGCAGAACUUCUAUUGCAACGACUGAGACACCGGUUUUGACAUCGAGUGAAAGUCAAGAAAUGUUGAACGAUCAAGCAUCUACUGAGAGACCAAAAAGUCCAUUCAGAAUUCCUUGGCCAGGUUCUACAAGAUCCAGAGUCUCUUCAACAACAGAACCUACCAAGAAGACAACAAGAAAACCUUUUGGAAGGAUCAAAGGUGAUGUGCAAGACAUAAGUGCGUUUUUACCGCCGGGUUAUAAAUUAAAGAAGGAAGAUCAAACGACAGAAAAGUCUAUCUUGAAUGAUAUAUUAGCGAAAUCGAACGUAAAUAUUUCUGCUUUGCUACCUAAGGGAUUUAAAGAAACAAACAGGGGAGGUGAAAGUGGUAAUAAUGAAAAAAAAUCAGAAUCAAAUAAUGAAAGUAAGAAUUCACCUCUUCAAAGUUUAUUCACAAAGUCUAUAGUAGAUAUAAGCGGCUUUUUGCCUCCUGGUUAUAAUGAAAAAAGAAAAGAUGAAACUAGUAACGAACAAACUAAAAAAGAAAGACCAUCAAUAACAACUGCUUCAACACCAAUACAAAAAAGUCUUCAAGAAUUAUUUUCUAAGUCUAGCGUCGAUAUUUCUGCACUGCUACCACCUGGUUAUAAAGCAAAAAAUACUUCAGAAAGUUUCAAAGAAACAAGUCAAAAGAAAGAUGAAUUGAGUUUAACAACGGUUUCUACGCUGGCGGAAACAACGAAAACUGGUGGAGUAAAAUUGGUAUUUCCUAGUCGGCCUGGAGGAAGAAAGGCCGUUCCUAAGGCUACAACAGCAUCUAAUAGAGUAGAAGCUCCAGGUCCUGUUACUCCAAAGAUACAAAAAGGAUGGCCAACAAGAGCAACAACGGAAUUUACUGGUUGGCCAACGGUAUCAACCACUCCUAUUUCAAUAGAAAAACUUUUAGAAGCUGCAAGAACAGCUACUGUAUCCUCGAUGAAUAGUUCUGUACCUUCAACAACUAGUGAAGCUUCAACAUCUACAUCAACAACAACCACAACUACCACAAUUCGACCUACGACCCCAGGAAUAUGUGAAGAAGAGUGUGAAGUAGCUGGAACCAUCAGGAUAAUUGGAAACGCAACGUGGGUACCAGAAUUACUUGAUAGAAAUACAAGAGAAUGGCAGCAGUUGGCUGAUGAGAUUGAAAAAGAGAUGAAUUUAGUCUUUUUAAAAUCUGCCAUUCUCAGGAAAUGGUAUAAAAAUAUACGUAUCGAUGCAUUUAGUCAAGGAAGUAUUUUAGUUGACUAUUUCAUUGAACUUCAAGAUCUCCGUCAAAAAAUAAAUACUCAAGAAAUUAAAGUAUUAUUCCAUGAAUCAUUAAGAACUUAUAAUGCUCACAAAUGGAAUGAAACUAGAACCAAAACUCCAAUGAGGCUUGGAAAUUUCUUAAUAGAUCCUAAGUCAACUGAUUUUAUUGUGAUUCCUAAAAUAACGUUGCCUCAACAAAUUGGAAAAGAUGAUAGAUUAAUCCCCCAAUGGGCUAUUGCUGUGAUUGUCAUUGGAGUUGGAGGAUUAUUGUUCAUUAUAGUUUUUGGAGUCUCUGUACUCGUUAAUCGACAAAAUGCCUCGAAACUGAAGCCCCCAAUAACAGGAAUGUACGGUGAGGAAGCUGCUAAGAAUAUAAUUCAGUCAAGUCAUGUUCCGCCGUCACAUAGAUCCCAAGAUUAUUCCAAGUCAGAGAUUUCAACGACGUGGAACGAGACUGAUGCAUGGAGAGAGAAAUCAUUCGAAUCAAAUUCGAAUAAGAUUUUAAUGGAUGGAAUGCUACCUGACAAUGAGAAAUACAAUGUGUACGACAGCUGGAGAUCCGACUGGAACGGUUACUAUUAUCAACCAUCUCAUACAAGUAGCAAAUUUGCUGGAUAUGAAAGUACUGCCAAUUUUUCACGCCAUCCGCCUGAUUACGACACAAACUUUUGAAUAAAAAAAUUCAUUAAAUAUCUAAAAUUAGACAAAAAAAAAUAAUAAAAUGUUAAAACUAACAAAUAAAAUUUUUUAAAUUAAUUAA